AUGGAGAAAGAGGAGGCGGAGCUGGUGAAGAGGGGCUUCACCACCGCACGAGGCAGCGAGCGCCCGCGGCACGGGACCAGCGUAGGCACAGCGGUGGUCAUGCGGGGUCACCUGAAGGCCACCAGCUACCGUGCGCGAGCAUUACCAGGCACUACUACGAGGGACACGACCAUAGAGGGCGGCGACCACAAGGGAGACGUGGACAUGUGCGACUGGACGCCACACGCGCCGCCAGACCCAGAGGAAGAGACGCAGCUACACAUCAACAGGUGGGAGGCGCCCCAGCACAUGACAGGCAGGUCCCACCACCCAGACCUGAGGCCCCAGCAGCACGGCAGCAACUUCGAGGUCGGAUGCCCAGAGGGACGGAGCACCACCCUCGAUGAGACCGUGGACCCCUUCGACCAGCUGAGCCAGGAGAUCGACCCACCUGCGAGCAGCCCAGAAGAUGCACCAACCACCGAGCCCCCCGCGGACGACGGCACCGCCGACACCGCCGAGGAUCAGGUCACCAACGACGCAGAGCUCAGCCCGCAGAACCUGCGCAUGCAGGAGCUCAGCACGGACUCCAACACCUGGACCGUGGAGGACCUCGACGCGGCGCUCAAAGGCGAGCCCGACCGAGGACAGGGAAUCGACAAGCCGAACUGCUCGGACAUCAGGAGGCUGCCACUCGAGGGCAGGCAGGCGAUCGUAGACUUGUUCAACGCGUGCGAACAACAACUGAUGUGGCCGUGGCAGCUCCUGUGCUCGCUGGUUAUGGUGAUGCCCAAACCACGCAAGGGAGACAGAGCGCUGGCAUUGCUCCCUCAGCUGGUCCGCACGUGGAAACUACUCCACCGCCCAGCCGUCCGCAAGUGGGCCAAGGACCACGAGCGGAACUGGGAUGCCGCCGUCGCGGGCAACAACUGCCUGAGGGAGGCCAGGCGCAGGAUCAUCACCGGCGAGCGCUGCGCGCAGAUCUUCCAGGUGCUGGAGGUGAAGUACGCGAACGACCACGAGGGCACCCAGCUGAACAGAGACAAGGCGAAGUACACGAAGCGCUGCUCGCUGACGGAGCUGAUCGAGCUGGCGUGUAAGCCGCCGCGAGAGCCUCGUGGGGCUGGAGGCAGAGGCACGGCGCUGGCAGCCGCGGAGGGCCCGCCCGCGACCUCGAGCUGGCCGCGCAAACAUGAGCCGAGGGGCCGCGAGGCGGCGCAGGCAGGGCCUCCACCGCAGGAGAAGAACCUGGAUGCCCCCCGCACCGAGAGAGAGAAGCAGUGCGAGGCGGCAAGCAGGAACCCACCGCAGCAGGACGAGAUUAGGAUCGCGGACCUGGCAUACCACCUCAUCCAGUCAGCGACCAGGCCACUGGGCAACCACCUGCAGAGCCCAGAGUCAGCGCCACUCGUGGACCAGCUGAACAUAGACAAGGCAAAGUACGAGAACCCGAGCGGUGUCCAGCAGAACAUCGACAAGGUAAAGUACACGAACGUCCACGGGGGCAUCCUGCGGAACAUAGACAAGGUGAAGUUCACGGAAGCCUCGGGCGGUGGGAGACGGACUGUACCUAACCCACCGUCCGAGGAGAAGAACCGAAGAGACCACCUAACCCACGAGAAGCACCACUCGCUGAAGGAGCUG